GCAAGACCAUGGCUAGAGAGGCAAAUGCAGAAGACUUAGGUGCCUUACACCCCUGCUCUCAAGGAAUCACGCUUACCCCACGACCUCAGCCUACACAAAGCAGAGCAUCUGCAUGUGCCAGCAGGCAGAAUUCAGCUAAAUCAGCUGCAUCUGUGAGCUCUGUCCCAGAUCCCACAUUAUUCUCCCAGGACAUUGGGCGUAUCUUACUUCAAAAGACAGCUGAAAAAGAAGAUGAACUGAAAAAAGCAUUUCAAACUCUUGAUGUUGGUCAGACCCUGACAGUCACAAAGGGUGAAUUCAGGAGAGUGAUUGAAACUUUUCUUUUCCCUCUAACACAAGCCGAAUUUGAUGCUAUGCUGGCAGAGAUCCCAAAUAUCGGCAAAGUUACUGUGCCGUAUCUUGACUUCCUGUCAAAGUUCACCGAAGUUGCCAAGAGUACCAGCAUGCUAAAAGGGUUGAACAAUGGCCGAAGUAGCCAAACAAUGACAUUAUGUCAACUGGAGUCCCUCCUCAAAGAGAAAAUUGCGAAGAAUGUGAAAAGCAUUAUCAAGAGCUGCAGACUUUUUGACUACAACCAUUCAGGACAGAUAAAGAGGCACACACUACGGCAUAUUCUUGAGAUCACUUGUUUUAGGAUGAAGGACUCAGAAUUCGAAAAGCUGUGGAACCAUUAUUGUGUUAGAGAUUCGAAUGUAGUAGAUUAUAUUUGUUUUCUGAAGAUUUUUGGCUUAAAUACAGAUACAGUUAAGAAAAGGAGUACAGAAAACCAAGUUCCAGCACUAAUCUGCCGGAAGAUAAAAGAGAAAGAACAGAAACAGAACAAACUUCUACAGCCAUCAUCAGCAGAACGAGAUGCAACAGAGUACAGUCUGGACGGCACUGAGAGGGCAUUUAGAGACAAGCUGUGUUCAGCCUAUCAGGACAUUGAAAAAGCCUUCAGAGCAAUUGAUGUCAGUCAGAGUGGAUUUGUGUCGUUGGAUCGCUUGAAGUCAGUCAUAAAUGACUUUAUAUUUCCUUUAUCAAGUGAAACUUUUCAAGAACUAAUGAAUAGGUUUGGAUUGAAAGCCACAGGUAAAAUUGCUUGGCAACAGUUUUUAGAAAAAGUUCAUGAUCCUGGGAAUGCCUUUGAAAACAGACAGACAAUUCCCCUGAGGAAAAAAUAUAAAGUAGGUCCAGUUAGAGGAGGAGAUGAAACUUUCUGUGGUGACACUGUUCUUCAGAAGUUGCGCAGAUACAUCCAAGACGUUUAUCCCUCUCAAAAACAGGCUUUCCUGAUGCUUGACAAAAAACGAGAUGGAAAGAUCACCAGAGAUGAGCUUCGUCGCAUUUUACAUUACUUCUUACUUCAAAUAAAAAACAAAGAUUUCCAAGAGCUGAUCCAGAUAAUGGAUCCAGAACAGACUGGAUAUCUUGACUAUCAUAAAUUUUUAGACUUGGUUGAAGAAAAAGAGUGUCCAGUGGCAGAGAUCCUUACAGAUAAAAUUACAGAAAACUGGAAAGAUUUUCAUACGACUUUGCAAUUCUAUGAUCCUAAAUGUACAGGCAUUAUUAGCAGAAGUCAUCUAAGAAAAAUUCUACAGAUAUAUUGUCCCUGUUUGUCAGACCAACAAUUUAUGAGGUUAUGCUAUAAAUAUCAGGAUAAUUCUUCUGGUGGGAUCUUUUACAAUAUGCUUUUGGAUAGCUUAAAGAUUGAUGUUCCUUCUGAUGACUUAAAUGGUGUCGGCUCACAUAUAUCAAAGGAAAGCCAACAAAGAGAAGAAAAAAGGCAAACAGAUCCUUCAAAAAGAAUGAAACAGAUUGAGGAUCAAGCUAACAAAUAUGCCAAGAAUAGAACUGUUGAUGAAGUAAUUGAAAAGCUGAAGGACAAAGUGUUACAACAGGCAGCAACUAUUAAAGACAGCUUUCUUGCCUACAACAAGCAAGCAAAUGGGAAAAUUACUAAAGUUGGUUUGCGGAAGAUCUUGGAAGACCAUGGUAUGCCGAUGGAUGACAAUCAAUUUAAUCUGCUGACAGAAAAGUUAGGAUUCCCAGAUGGAGGGUUGAGUUAUCUGGAUUUUGUGGCAAUAUUUGAAGAUGCCAAACUGCAUGGGCCAGGAGCUGCAUUAUGUCACAGCCCAAAACAGGGAGGAAAUAGUGCUGAAUAUCACUACAUGACUGCUGAAGAAUGUCUCAGUCAGCUUAAUGAUAAGUUGAUGGAAGUGUAUGGGGACACCUAUUCUGCCUUCCGUAGCGCAGACACUAACCGUGAUGGUGUCAUCAACAUGCUUGACUUUCGACACCUCUUGGACAGCUUUCUGUUUAGCCUUAGAGAUGAGGAGUUCUUGCGCCUGCUUGGCAUGUUGAGAAUGAACCUGACCUCCACGUUAAAUUACAAAGAAUUUUGUCAACUGUUUGAAACCCAAGAAACUAAGGACAUACCUCCUUGGCUGAUCCCACCUCACAAAAAAAAACAGAUGAUAACGGAUGCAGAGCUAGCUUGUGAUCAGGCUCAUUACUACCUUGUUAUCAAAGCAAGAACCAGAUGGCAUGACCUAGCAAGGAGUUUUCAGGAAUAUGACAGUGAAGGAAACGGCAUUAUAUGGCCUGAGGAUUUAAAAAAAGUUUUGUUCAGAUUUGGCAUUCCAGUCACCCCAGAAGAAUUUAAGAAGCUUUGGGCAAGGUAUGAUACAGAUGCAAAAGGAUAUCUUACUCACCAAGAAUUUUUGCAGAAGCUGGGGAUAGAGUUUGCACCCGCUGACACAGGGCUCGGCAAACAUAUCACAGAAGACAACCAUGCACACUUAAAAGCACAUUAUAAUAAUCAGCAAAAAAAGCAUUCAAAGCUGGAAGAGCAACAGAAACAGCAAACUAAAGCUCUGCAUGUAAAUGAAGUGAAAAAGCAGAUCAAGAAUAAAUUUAGGAAUUACUUCCAAGAUUUCAGGAAGUUUUUUCAAAAAAUGGAUAAAAACAGAGAUGGCUACGUAACAGUAUGUGGCCUGCAAAAGAUACUGCAAGAAUUUGACUAUUUCCUUGACUAUAAUCAGUUCAAUGAUCUUCUAAAUGGCUUAGGAAUCAGCAUUCAUGACAGCAAGCUCUCUUAUUUUGAUUUCCUGAGAGCAAUUGAGGAUGGCAGAGCCUCUAAAUACCAACAGAGACAAAAGCAGACUGCACCACCUGCAAGCUUUGCAGCACUCAGCUUAGAAAAGACCCUAAUUAAGAUAAAAGAAAUAGUUGCAUCAUCUUAUGAUUUGUUGUACAAGGCAUUUUCUCUGUUUGAUAAAGAAGACACUGGAGUAAUUAAAACAGUGGAAUUUCGUCAGAUACUUGACCAUUUCUGCUUUAAAUUAUCAGACAAACAAUUUAGGCACCUUCUCAAGAACUUUAAACUGCGUGAGGAUUUGACAGUUAACUGGAAGAUUUUCCUGAAAAACAUCAACCUCCCCUCAGAGCUACUUUUAUAUGGCUCCUUUUCUCUUUUGUGGUCUAAGCCAGAAUUCCUGGAAGGAGGUUUUACUGCCUGCGGGAUCUCUGCGGCCGCCUCCUCCAUGGCCUUUUCCCUCGCUGACUGGCUGCCUGCCACCCCGGCACUGACCGAGGAAGGGCAAAAAGUCUUCCUACCUAAAUCUUCGCGGGAGCUGUCAGAGAGAGGCAUCCUCUCCCGGAUACGCGAAGCGGCGGCCGCUCGUUUUAACACCAUCGCAAAAGCGUUCAAGGAUAUUGACUCUUCCGAAGACAACACAGUGUCUAAAGAGGAGUUCUGGGAUGUUUGCAACCGGCAUUUGCUCCUGCUGACUGAAGAACAAUUUGAAAAUCUUUGGAACACAGUAGAUGUCAAUGCUAGUGGACGGUUGAAGUACCAGGACUUUUUGAAGCAGUUCAGCUCAGAACGUGGAACGAUGCCUUCGAGCACUUGCAGUACAAGCAGUUCUGCAUCUUGUACCAGGCCAGUCACCACUACCACGCUGGAGUUAGAGGUAUCGUCUCAGCCUGAACGUCCCAAGACAUCAUCUUCCCUGGGAGAGCAAAGAAAAACACCAGCAUCCAGCCGUCCUCAGACAACAGCAACAUGUUCUGCCCCUGUCCUUAACUGUGAACCGAUAGAAAAUAAGAUACGCAAGAAAAUCAAGCAUUCCUGGAGAAGAAUACUGAAAGAGUGCAAAGAGAAGGAUGUCCACAAGAAAGGAGAAAUCCCAGUGCCAGACUUCCUAGAUAUAGCAGAGAAGUUUGAGUUGGAUUUAAGUGAAGACGAAGUUAAGCAAAUAACAACAAAAUAUGAUUUCAAGAAUAAUGGAAAAUUUGCAUAUUGUAACUUCCUUCAGAGCUGCAUCUUGUUUUUAAAGCCGAAGGAAACCUCCCUGCUACAAAGGAUGAUUAUACAGAAGCCACAAAUACCGCUGAGUCCUGGACCACAAACCACAGCGUUCUUCAGUGCAAUGCUGAGAAUUCAACCCCAAAUCCUGCACUGCUGGAGACCAAUGAGGCGAACCUUUAAAUCCUAUGAUGAAAGUCGGACCGGAUUGUUAAAUAUUCCAGAUUUUAGACAAGUUCUUCGUGAGUACAGCAUUAACCUAACUGAGGAAGAGUUAUUUAACAUCUUGGAAUAUUAUGAUAAAAAUCUGUCUUCAAAAAUAUCCUAUAAUGAUUUUCUCCGGGCAUUUUUGCAGUAG